GAAGGGCGAGAAGCUGACAUGUCCAAGGGACAACAGGCUGGGCACUUCCUACGUCGAUGCGAUUGCGGAUGGUGAUGCCGGCCUUUCCAACUACAUGCUGUCUUACAGCUGGGGCUAUCCUGUCGGGGACAUUGCAGAUACACUCUCUGACUUCUUUGGUGAAGAGAGUCUCCAUGAGUUCAUUUGGAUAUGCUGUCUGUGUAUUAACCAACACCGG